GCAGCUUAAGGGUAACGCCCACUAUAACAUACAGCAGUGAACAAUGAGUGGCCAAUGGUCUUAUCCCGGGCAGUUCCCCCCACAGGCUCAAUGGCAGCAGGGUGGUGGUAGUGUUGGUGGUAUGGGUCAACAGCAGCAAUACAUGAUGAGGCCAGGAGGUCCGAUACAGAUGGGCGGAGCUCAAGGAAUCACCCCUGGCCUGCCUCAAGGAAUGGGCGUGGCUCAAGGAAUGCAGGGAAUGGGUGUGGCUCAACCUAGGUACCCUGGAAUGCCGUAUCAACCAGUUAAUUCAAUGACAGGUACAGUCCUCAUGAAUAGUUAUACAUACAUGUGUGUACAGUUAUGAUAAUUGUAAUUCAUACAGUGUAGCAGUGUGUACAUGUACUUGUAGUAUCCUGCCCUUUGUUAGCUGUAGUGUAGAUGCAUUACUGAUAUUGUGUGAACCUAAUGUGUUUUUAUUUAAGUUAGACUACAUUUAUUAGAGUCAAAA